AUGGGUGAAAUUAUUUUGCCAGUAGCAUCAAGUGGAAUUGCGUCCCUACUUCUUCCAAAAGGUCGAACCGCUCAUUCAAGGUUCGGGCUUCCACUCAAUGUUUGUGAAAACUCUACGUGUGUACCUAUUAGGCCUGGUUCUGACUUAGCUGCAUUGCUCAUGAGAACAAAGCUAAUUAUCUGGGAUGAAGCACCAAUGAUGCACAAAUAUUGCUUUGAAGCACUUGAUAUGAGUUUAAAGGCUAUUAUGCAAGCUGUUGAUCGAGAUAAUUUGCAUCGACCAUUUGGAGGUAAAGUUGUUGUCUUUGGUGGUGAUUUAAGACAGAUUCUGCCUGUUAUACCCAAGGGUACAAGGCAAGAUAUAGUAUUUGCGACCUUGAACUCUUCGUUUCUAUGGGAUUCAUGUAAGGUUUUGAAGUUGACACGCAAUAUGAGACUUCAAUCAUGUUCUUCUUCGUCUACCGCUAAUGAAAUAAGGGACUUCUCAGAAUGGAUACUAAGCGUUGGUGAUGGCAGAGCUGGAGGGCCCAAUGAUGGAGAAGUCGAUAUUGAAAUCACUGAAGAUAUUCUUAUAGACGGUGGAGAUGACCCCAUAUCAUCGAUUGUCGACAGCACAUACCCUUCACUCACUGAUCACCUUUGGGAAGCCAAAUACUUCCAAGAAAGAGCAAUUCUAGCUCCAACUAAUGAAAUAGUUGAGAAGGUAAAUGAUCAUGUGUUAUCCACAAUUCCAGGUGAUGAGAAAAUUUACUUGAGUUGUGAUGCAAUUAGUAAAGAUGAAGGGAACUUAGGGGCUCAUGAUAUAUAUUCUACUGAAUUCUUAAACACAAUAAAGUGCUCAGGCCUGCCAAAUCAUAGUAUUAAGUUAAAAGUUGGUGCGCCUAUCAUGUUGCUUCGUAAUAUUGAUCAGACAUCUGGAUUGUGUAAUGGCACGAGGCUGAUAGUCAAGCAUUUAGGCAAUCGAGUGAUUGAAGCUACUGUCAUUUCAGGGAGCAAUGUUGGUGACAAGGUAUUCAUCCCACGAAUGACACUAACACCUCAAGGACAAUCAUUGUCGCACGUCGGGUUGUAUUUACCAAGGCCUGUUUUCAGUCAUGGUCAGCUAUAUGUCGCUAUUUCCCGAGUCACGAGCAAAAAAGGACUUCAAAUUCUUAUUUGUGAUAAAGAGAAUAAUGUGUCCAAAACAACCACAAAUGUUGUUUAUAAGGAAGUGUUCCAAAAUGUAUAA